ACAGAAAGAGAGGAGGAGAGAUGAGAGGGACAGAAGCUCUGCUGCAGAACACACCUCAUCUCCAUUUUAGCUGGCGGGAGAGGGAGAGAGAGAGAGAGAGAUUCAGUCUGUGCCAAUUUACUCUUCAGCUCCAGUGACAGAGAGAGGAGAGCUAUAAGUGAUAUUUCCACAAACGUGUGACUGAGAGGGAGAAGAAGAAGAAGAAAUAAAAGCAUCCCGGUACGUGAGGCAUUUGCAAAGAAAAGAGUGAGCAAAUGAAGAAAGGAAGAAAUGACAGAGAGAGAGAUGUAGUCGGUGCUUCAGUUGCGUGAGGAGCCGCCACGCUGGGAGCCACAAGUCCUCCACCUGUGGCCAGAAUGUGAGAUCGAUGGUGUGACAACAAAGGCCGUCGUCAAGCUACACCCGUUGUGAAGUCGCUGUUCUACCGCUGCAAACAAAGUUAAACAUAGAAACGCUCUUUGACUACAGAGUGAACAUAAACAUUUCAGUUUUUGAAGCCGCUCUAGAACGCUGUCAACAAUAUAAUCGCUCUUUAAUCGGUUUACAUUUUACCAUCUGGCCUACCUUUCACAGUUUACACACCUUGAAACUGUCAGUAACAGACUUUCACACACAUUUCUGGCCCAAAUGAUUCAUCUCACAUCCUCAUAACAAACUCUUCCUCCACCUGAAUCAGCUCCUGUGACCUGUGAGGAUUAUGAGGCCGACUUUGGUGUUUCUACAGUCGCAGUGUCUCCUGUGUGUGUUAGUUGGCGUGUGUGUGCCCGGCAUUGUGGGCUCGCUACCUCACGCGCUACCAUGGCACGUCUCCUGCCCGGUGCGGUGUGUGUGUCAGAUCAAGCCGUGGUUCUCCCCUGACUCCGUCUACCAUGAAGCUCCCACCGUGGACUGCAACGACCUGCUCCUGACUAAGCUCCCCUUACCCAUACCCCCGAACACGCACACCCUGCGCCUGCAGAGCAACCUUCUGUCUGAGCUCAACACCGCGGUGCUGCACGGACUCGCCAACCUCACCGACCUUGACCUUUCCCAGAACCGCUUCAGCCGUGUCAGGACAAUAACUCAGAGCUCCUCCCUGCCCUCUCUGCUGUCUCUACACCUGGAGGAAAACCAUCUGAGUCACCUCCCUGAGGCCUCCUUCUCCUCACUGCCAGCUCUGCAGGAGCUCUUCCUCAGCCACAACAACUUGCACUCGAUAGCACCCGGAGCCUUCAUUGGUCUGGAUUCCCUCCUGCGUCUGCACAUCAACAACAACAGACUCACCACUGUUGACCCUCGGUGGUUCAGAGCUUUGCCUCGCUUGGAAGUUCUCAUGCUUGGGGGAAACCCUGUGGAGGCCCUGCCUGAGCGGGGCUUCGUGGCCCUGAUAUCCCUGCGGAGUCUUGUCCUUGGUGGCAUGGGUCUGAGAGGCUUGGCUGAAAAAGCACUGGAAGGGUUGGAAGAACUAGAGAGCCUCUCCUUCUACGAUAACCUGCUGACAAAGGUCCCCACUCAGGCCCUGAUGAGAGUGCCGGGUCUAAAGUUCCUCGACCUCAACAAGAACCGCAUCAAACUCAUCGAGACGGGAGACUUCCGAGACAUGGUCCACCUGAAGGAGCUCGGCCUGAACAACAUGGAGGAGCUGGUGUCCAUUGAGAGAGCCGCCCUGGACAACCUGCCAGAGCUCACAAAGCUUGAGAUCACCAACAACCCGCGACUGUCCUACAUCCAUCCGCAGGCUUUCCUCCAGCUGAGCCGGCUGGAGAGUCUGAUGCUCAACUCCAACUCUCUGAGCGCUCUGCACCAGCACAUCAUGCUCUCCCUUCCGAGCCUCCAGGAGGUCAGCUUGCACUCCAACCCGCUGCGAUGCGACUGCCUGUUUCACUGGGCCGCUGAAGACCGCUCUCACCAUCACAUUAAAGACACCAAAAAACAAACACCUCGGACGGUGCGUUUCAUCCAACCCCAGGCCACGCUGUGCUCUGAACCCCCGGAGCUGAGAGCUCGCAGGGUGAGAGAGGUAUCCUCCAGGGAGAUGUCAGCUUCGUGUCUCCCCAUGAUCCCUACCAGCUCCCUCCCUUCCUACGUCGGGGUCAGAGAAGGAGGAAAACUGGUCUUGCACUGCCGAGCUCUUGCGGAUCCACAGCCUGAGCUGUACUGGGUGACUCCCUCUGGGCUGAGACUUGGUCCUGCGCCGAGCCAUGCAUCCAAAGGAUUACUGGCACCGGCUUCCUGCCACAGCCCGAUAGCCUCUGAGGGAUUCAACCACACAUCCGUCUCCAGCCAGCCUCAAGAUGAUACUCCCUGUAACCCCUCCAAACACUACCGGCUACUGCCCGAGGGAACUCUGGAAAUGAACAAGGUCACCCCCACCGAGGCAGGAUUGUAUACCUGUGUGGCUGAGAACGCUCUGGGAGCAGACACACGCAGCGUUACUGUGGGUGUGCAUGGCAGAGAAAAGAAAAGAAAGAAGGGGAUGGCUGCUAAUAUGAGGGGAUAUCAGUUAUUCAGAGCGGACGCCAGGUUGGAGGUGAGGGAGGUCGGAGAACACUACGCUAUCUUGUCCUGGCAGAGCGGACGCAACCUCCCUUCGACUCGCCUAUCCUGGCAAGCCAUGUACUCAAACGCACACACGCCCACAUACACCACACGCAUCCUGGCCGGCACUCAGAGCUUCAACCUGACCCACCUGCAGGCAGAGACAUUUUACAGAGUGUGUCUACAUUUAGGGAUCAGCGAGGGCACCAAGCGGGCCAGCAGGAGAUCAAGAGAGAGCAGAAAGCCUCAAUGCGUUUCACUCAGGACGAAAGACAUCCCGGAGCCUCAGCCCGGCCUGCAGCUGAGCCCAGAGCUGACCUCCACAGCAGUCACACUACUGCUCCUCGCACUCAUACUGCUGCUGCUGGCAGGGCAGAGCUGGGACAACGAGCCCGGCGGCGAUGGGGAAGGAAAGCACCACAGCACCAUCCUCCAGGAAAUCAAAAGUCCUAAAGCUCUGAUCAUCAAUGAAAAGACAGACGGUGGCAACGCACAUUAGCCAGAGCGGAGUGAGGAACUGCUGAGGUAGUUAUGUUUGUGCACAUUCAAAUCCAGACAGAAAACACUGACACACACACAUAUACAGAAUGUCAAAUAUACACUUUGUGAACCACAGCUAGAAGAGGGGAGUUAUAGAUCGGAGCAGUGGUGUAGAAAGAGAUUUGUAUUUAUUUUAUAUACCGUAUAAAGUAUAUAUUGACAUUGUUUCCGUGUUAAGAUGUAUUGUAAAGAAUGCCUAAACCCUAACCAGGGGAAUAAAAGUGGACAAUCAUACUCCUGCAACACAGCGAGUGAGCGCAAGAGAAACAAAUGAGCUGCCGACGACCGCCGGACUGAAACUAAAGACAAUGAUUCAAUCCAGGGGCAGAUAUGUGCAGAGGAGAGCGGCUCAGACCUCCAGGGUAUUUGUCAUGUUUCCUGUCUACAUGUUCCACAGACUGAACCAAGCAGAUGAAACUCUGUCUUGAGACUGAUACUGAAUGAAACUCCUGCAUUGAUGUAAACAACCCUUUUGCUUAUAGCUUUCAGUACCUUGGACUGGGUUGUCCAUCUUGCAGUACAGUAUACUCAUCCUGAUUCCCCCGCCUAACGCCCCACAUCCUCUCUCAGCAUAAAAGUGAUCUAAAAGUGAUUGUGUUAAAUUCUAUUUUGAGCUAUUAUACAAUAAAAUCUUUUUAAUUUACUCACUUU